AAUAAAAAAUGGCCAGCUCAGAGAUUUAAAAAUGAAUUUAGGGGGCACCGUUCAUGUUACCAAAAAGGGCCUCUUUGUGUUGUUCGCCCUGUGUCUCGUAGUGUUUUAUUACUUCUUCUCGAAUAGAAUUGGGACUAAGGAGGAUGCACGGAUUAAUCUGCGACGACUGCUGGCCGUCGCGAUUAGGGCAGCCGAGAGUGGCGGCAAAGAGGUAGUGGGCCACAAAGACAAUCUGUUAAUCCAAAGCAAGGGUAAGACGAAGGAAGGUGCAAAUGACAGUGUGACGAAUGCCGAUCUACGCUCGCAUUGCGUCAUGGUGGACAGUUUGAGUCGUCCCUUUCCCGAUCUGCGAGUAAUCUCGGAAGAAUCGAAGACUGUAUGCAGCGAAAGCGGCGAUUACAGCUCGGCGGUACUCGAUUCCGGCCUACGGGACGAGUGGGUUGACGUCGGGGACGUCACGGUAUGGAUCGAUCCAUUAGACGCGACACAAGAGUAUACAGAGAAGCUCUACGAGUAUGUCACGACCAUGGUCUGUGUGGCCGUGAAAGGCGAGCCUAUCAUCGGGGUCAUCCAUAAACCGUUCGUUUCCAAGACCUUCUGGGCUUGGAAAGGGAAAGGUUAUUCCUUCGAGAAUACCCUCAAGGAAAGCGGCGAACAACUCAGGUUCAUUGUGUCUCGGUCUCACUCUGGAAAGGUCGCGGAGCUCGUCAAACAAAAGUUCUCCGACAGAAAAUUUGAAAUUAUUUCGGCGGGCGGGGCCGGAUACAAAGUUUUGGAGUUGGUAAACGGUAACGCCGACAUGUACCUUCACGUGACCGCCAUAAAGAAGUGGGAUAUAUGCGCGGGAAAUGCAAUUUUGAAUGCGCUAGGCGGCCGGAUGGUUACCAUGGAUAAGAAUGCAAUCGGCUACGCUGAUCCCGAUCAUGUACUUAAUGAAAAUGGACUUAUAGCCACCCUUAAAGAAAAUGAAGCAUUGAGUGAUAAACUUUAAUAAAUUACCUUGUAUUGUACAAUUUACAUUAAAAAAUUAGGAUGUGUGUGACGUUA